AUAGCCCUAGAGGAUCCGGAGCCUGCAGGCGAAUGGGCCACGCACAAUCUCCUACACGUGGAGUUGGUGGCGGUGAAGCUUCUCUAAAAAUUGAAAAACCCUACCCUGACUCCGGUUUUUUUUUCCCGAUCCCUUCUACCGCCUUCCGACCUCAAUCCCCACCGCCGGCGAGGCAAGAAGGUCUUGUGAUGGAGAUAACGGACAGAAUGGGGGUCCAUAGUGACGGGGAGGAGAUGCCAAAGACGAAGCACAAGGGGAAACAUGACAAACCAAAGCCAUGGGAUGACCCCAGCAUCGAUCACUGGAAGAUUGAGAAGUUCGAUCCGUCUUGGAAUGAAGGUGGAAUGCUAGAAGUCAGUUCCUUCUCCACAUUGUUCCCUCAAUAUAGAGAGAAGUACUUGCAAGAAGCUUGGCCUAUUGUAAAGGGUGCACUGAAAGAGUAUGGUGUUGCAUGUGAACUUAAUUUGGUUGAGGGUUCUAUGACUGUUUCAACAACUCGGAAGACCAGAGAUCCGUAUAUCAUCAUUAAAGCUAGGGACCUCAUAAAGCUUUUAUCAAGAAGUGUUCCUGCACCUCAGGCAGUCAAGAUACUCAAUGAUGAAAUGCAAUGUGACAUUAUUAAAAUUGGUGGUCUCAUCCGCAACAAGGAACGAUUUGUUAAGCGAAGGCAGCAUCUUCUGGGCCCCAAUUCAUCCACACUGAAGGCUAUCGAGAUUUUGACAAAAUGCUAUGUUCUAGUUCAGGGAAACACAGUUGCUGCUAUGGGCCCAUUCAAAGGUCUAAAGCAAGUCCGAAGGAUUGUAGAGGAUUGCAUCCAGAACAAAAUGCAUCCUUUAUACCAUAUCAAGAUCCUCAUGAUGAAACGUGAGCUUGAAAAAAAUCCAGCAUUGGCAAAUGAGAACUGGGAUAGGUUCCUUCCCAAGUUUAAGAAGAAAAAUGUUCAGAAGAAGAAAGUAAAAGCUAAAGAGAAGAAACCAUAUACACCCUUCCCUCCCCCUCAACAGCCCAGCAAGAUUGACCUCCAAUUGGAAAGUGGUGAAUACUUUUUAAGUGACAAAAAGAAAUCAGCAAAAAAGUGGCAAGAGAAGCAAGAGAAGCAAGCAGAAAGAACGGCUGAAAACAAAAGAAAAAGAGAGGCUGCUUUUGUUCCUCCCAAGGAACCUACAAGGGAAGAACAUGAUAAAUCCAGUGAUGAGAAGAAUGAUGUCACUGCAAUGGCGAUGUCCUUGAAGGAAAAGGCAAAGAAGUUUGGUAAGCAGAAAGCUGUUGAAAAUAUCAAUCCCGAAACAUAUAUUGCUACUUCAGACAAAGCACCUUCAAAAAAGAAGGCCCGGCACUCAAAGUCUUGAUUUGUGAAGAUGCAUGGCAUCCUCACUCUAAGGUUUCUACCUUAUGAAGGUGUAUGGCCUCUUGUUGUAAAAGAGUAGCGAAGAUCAACCUAAAGUUGCUACCCAAGAAUAGAAAAAGAGAAAGAAAGAGGAUCAACCUAUUAACUGCGGCAAUGGCAGGGGAGCUGACAUAAAUAGAUGCUAGGACUCAUCCAACAUGGAAGUGUAUUUUUUUUUUUUUCACUGGUGAAGUGGUAAUAUUGGUGGUUCACUAGUAUGGAUCAAUUAUGAAGACUUUCGCCAAAAAUUAAAAAGCUUAAAGACUCGAAACUUGUCAGGUUCCUUGUG